GCCCUGUCACUCCGCUCGGCCCGGGACCGGCGCGGCUGCCGCCCGCCACCGAGGCCCGGGGGCUCUGCGGCCAACGCGGCUCCGGCACCGGCCGCCCUUCGGGGGCUCCUUCAGCGCAGGGCGAGACCGCCAAGCGCAGGCAUGACGGAGAAGGAAGUGCCAGAGCCACCAGCUUCACCUGCUUCAGGUGGGAAACCCAAGAGCCGGCAGCUGCAGAAGCUGAAGCAACUUUUCCAGCGAAAACCCAAGGAGGAGCCGGCGCCGGAGCCACAGCCCAACGGGGAGCUGGUCAGCCCCUCGGGGGGACCCAUCUACUACAUCUAUGAGGAUGAGGAAGAGGAGGAGGAGGAGGAGGAGCCCGAGCCCCCUCCCGAACCCGAGAAACUUGUUAAUGACAAACCCCACAAGUUCAAAGACCAUUACUUCAAAAAGCCCAAAUUCUGUGAUGUUUGUGCCCGCAUGAUCGUCCUCAACAACAAAUUUGGCCUGAGGUGCAAGAACUGCAAAACCAACAUCCACCACCACUGCCAGUCCUACGUGGAGAUGCAGCGCUGCUUCGGCAAGAUCCCGCCCGGGUUCCGGCGGGCGUACAGCUCCCCCCUCUACAGCGACCAGCAGUACGCCGGCACCAAGGAGCAGCUCGCGAACAGGAGCGACCCCGUGUUCGAGACGCUGCGGACGGGCGUCAUCAUGGCCAACAAGGAGCGCAAGAAGGGGCAGGAGGACAAGAAGAACCCCUUGGCUGCGAUGAUGGACGAGGAGCCAGAGGCCACGAAGCCGGUGGGGAGCAAAGCUGAGGGUGGUGCCUCUGAAGGGGACAAGAAGGCUGAGAAGGGCACAACAGAUGACAAGAGCAAGAAGCCACAGCCAGGGGGGUUCCUGCAGUCCCACUAUUUCGUGGCGCUUUAUCGCUUCAAAGCCCUGGAGAAGGACGACCUGGACUUCCCGCCGGGGGAGAAGAUCACGGUGGUGGAUGACUCCAACGAGGAGUGGUGGCGGGGGAAGAUCGGUGAGAAAAUCGGGUAUUUCCCCCCAAACUUCAUCAUCCGCGUGCGAGCAGGCGAGCGGGUGCACAAGGUGACGCGUUCCUUCGUGGGCAACCGGGAGAUCGGGCAGAUCACGCUCAAGAAGGAUCAGAUCGUGGUGCAGAAGGGGGAGGAGGUGAACGGUUACGUCAAAGUCUUCACGGGCCGCAAAGUGGGGCUGUUCCCUGUGGACUUCCUGGAGGAGAUCUGAGGGGGGCUGCGGGGUGGGGGGACCCCUGGGACGGGGCAGAGACCCCCGGGAUGGGGGGCACAGAGACCCCCGGGAUGGGGGGCGCAGAGACCCCCUGGGAUGGGGCGGAGAGACUCUGGCUGCGGGGUGGGGAUGGGACGGGGGCACCCUCGGGAUGGGGAACAGAAGGACUCCGGGAUUGGGAUGGGGGGCCCUGGCUGCGGGACAGGUUUGGGGUCAGGGAAGGGCACCCCCAUUCCUGCUGCCCCCCAGCACGAGGGUCCCUGGGGUGUCCCUGGGGGGCUGUUGUCCCCCCCAGGACCGGGGCAGGAUGGGGGGACAGGAGGUGCCCCCAAAUGAGAUGCUGGAUGCAACAGGGCGCACCCCCAGACCUGCUGGGAGCCCCCCCGGAGUGAGUGGGGGGACAGUGGGUGCCGCGGGGAGGGUCGGGGGGUCCUGCCCCGGGACUCCCGGUGCUCCCGGUGCUCCCGGGUUUUGGCAAUACACGGCUGUGCCCACGC